AUGUCGGCCAGUUAUACGCGAGAUAUCCUUGUCUUUUCCGGACAGGGCUCAAAGCAACACCUUGUCGACUCGGGAGCUCCCGACAGCCUGAUCGCGCUGCUCGGAGAGAAGCAGAAGGUCGCCUAUUCUACGUUUCUACGCAGAGCCCAAGAUGCGCUACUCCGGGAAUAUUCCAGCAUCAAGGCCGACUCGGGCUCCCUUGGCCACGGGAACCAGGUCGAAGAGGAGGUGUUUGAGAAGAGCGAGCAUCUCCUGGUUCCCCCGUCGAUGCUCCAGUCCCACCCAGUCUUCGAGACCAUCUCCCUAUACACGCGCCAUAUCCUCGAGUUGAUGCUGUACCAAUCACAACAACAACAACAACGGGGAACGCAUGUUGUCCGCGAGACCACCGGCAUCUGUACCGGCGCUCUGGCUGCCAUCCUGGCCGCCGCCUUCUCCUCAUACGACUCGGAUGAUUUCGUCCGGGCGGCGGUCGAGGGCGUUCGCCUGGCAUUUUGGAUAGGUGUACGGGCAGCUUCCCUCUCCGUCGAGCGGGAGCGGCUAGAGGAAUCAUCAGGGUCGAGUUCCUGCGUCCUGGGCGUAUUCGGGGUGACGGAGAAGAGAAUGGGAGAACUGUUGAAGGGCUACUACGCAGAGGAAAGCGAGGACCGCCAUGGUAACGUCCGAAUCUCGGCCGUAUUCAGCGACGUGGCGCUGUCCCUCAGCGGCGACGCAGCCGACUUGCAACGCGUCAAGACGUACCUCGAAGGCCGCUCGAUCGAGUGCCGCUGGGCGCACAUUCACGCUCUCUACCACGGGGGCUCUAAGUCCAAGCGAGCGGUGGACGCAACCCUCAGCGACGCUGCCAGGAGGAACAUCGCGUUCCCCGGCCGGAAGUCCCUCCAUGCCUCCGUCAUCUCGGCGGCGGACGGCGCACACAUGGGCUCCGGCUCCGACUCCGCCGCCGCAGAUCCGGGCGGCCCGGAGGAGACCAAAACCAACAUCCUGCUCGAGAGGGCCCUUCGCAACAUCUUCAUCGACACGGUGGACUGGAAGGGGACGAGCGCCGGCCUCAGAGCCUCCAUCCUGGACCGCCUCGAGGGAGACUCGUCGGCCGCGUACCGCAUCAUCGGCGUCGGACCGGGCUCGCGCUCCUUGUUGGACCCAUUCCGGGGAGACUCGGCACAUCCGGGCCUCGGCGUGAUCGACAACCUGGCCGAGUCGCUGGCGCAGCCGGCACAGGACGACAUUGCCAUAGUCGGAUUGUCGGUUAACUUUCCGGGGGCCAAGGGACAGGAGCAGUUCUGGCAGCUCCUGGCGAGCGGCUUGAGUACUGUCGCCGAGAUCCCACCAUCGCGAUUCGGGGUACACGUGCAAGACUCGGACGAGGCCCACGGUCGAUCCCGGGGAAACGGGCACGCGAACUGCCUAGACAACUCAUUCGACUUCGACCCGGCCUACUUCAACGUCUCGCCCAGGGAGGCCAAGUCGAUGGACCCCCAGCAGCGGCUGGUGCUCAUGGCGGCCCUGGAAGCGCUCGAGGACGCCGGGUACGCUCCGGACUCGACGCCGACCUUCCAGAGGGAGCGGAUCGGGGUGUACAUGGGCGUGGCGACGGGCGACUACGUCGACAACCUGAGGGACGACAUGGACGUCUACUACAGCCCCGGCACUCUGCGGGCCUUCAUCGCCGGCCGGGUGUCGUACGCCUUCAAGUUCGGCGGCCCCUCGAUGGUGACCGACACGGCCUGCUCGUCCUCGCUCGUGUCCAUCUACCACGCGUGCAGGGCGCUGCGGGCGGGCGAGUGCGGCACCGCCCUGGCCGGCGGCGUCAACACCAUGUCGAGCCCGGACAUGUACAACGGCCUCGCGCGGGCGCACUUCCUGAGCCCGACGGGCCAGUGCAAGCCGUUCGACGCGGCCGCCGACGGCUACUGCCGCGCCGAGGGCUGCGGCCUCGUGGUGCUCAAGCGGCUCGCCGACGCCGUGGCCGAGGGCGACCACAUCUACGCCGUCAUCCGCGCCAUCGGCGUCAACCAGUGCGGCAAGGCCAGGUCCAUCACCCACCCGCACGCCAACACGCAGGCCUCCCUCAUGAGGACCGUCCUGGCCUCGGCCCGCGCCAGCCCCCGGAGCAUCGGCGUCGUCGAGGCCCACGGCACGGGCACCCAGGCCGGCGACGCCGCCGAGAUGGCCAGCAUCCGGUCCGUCUUCUGCCCCCGGCCUCCCGACCAGCCCCUGUACGUGUCGUCGGUGAAGGGCAACUUUGGUCACUCGGAGGCCGCCUCGGGCGUCGCCGGCCUGGCCAAGCUGCUCCUCAUGAUGGACAGGCGGCAGAUCCCGCCCCAGACCUCCUUCGUCAACCUGAACCCGAAGCUGCCGGCCAACCGGCCCGGCGAGGUCACCAUCCCGACGCGCAUGACCGAGUGGAAGGAGCCGCCUGGCCAGCCGACGACGCCCCGGCGCGCCCUCGUCAACAACUUUGGCGCGUCCGGGUCCAACGCCGCCCUGGUACUCGAGGAGUACGUGGUGCCACCACCCCGGGGUCGGCCUCACUCGACCAACAACAACAACAACAACAACAACAAGCGAAGCCACCACCUCCUCAACAUCUCGGCCAAGACGGCCAAGGCGCUCGAGGCCGCCCGGCGGGACCUGCUGGCGUUCCUGAGCCAGAACCCGGACGUGGGCCUCCAAGACCUCUGCUACACGGCGAACGCCCGGAGGCAGGAGUACCCGACCCACCGGUGGUCGGCCGUCGUCUCGGACCGGGGCGACCUGGCGGAGCAGCUGGGGGGCGGCCACCACCACCCGGCCAAGGGAGCGACGACGACGACGGCGACGGCGACGGCAGGUGGGGGCUUGGGCUUGGGCUUGCCGGCCAAGACGGUGUUCGUCUUCUCGGGCCAGGGCGGCGUCUACGCGGGCAUGGGCGCCGCGCUCCUCGCGACCGUCCCGCUCUUCCGGAGCAUCGCGGACCGGUGCGACGAGACCCUCGUCGCCCGCGGAUUCCCCCCCGUGUCGCCCUUCCUGGCCGGCUCCGCCGAGGCCUCCUCCUCCUCCUCCUCCUCCUCCUCCUCCUGGUCGGCCGAGGACCAGAUCAUCAUCUCGCAGUGCGCCUGCUUCGUCUUGGAGUACGCCCUGGCGGAGACCUGGAGGCACUGGGGCGUCACUCCGGACCUGGUGAUUGGGCAUAGCAUCGGUGAAUACGCCGCGUUUGCGUUCGCCGGCAUGAUCGGCUGGGAAGACGCGCUCCUCCUGCUGGCCGGGAGGGCGCGCCUCCUGGCGACCCGGUGCCCGCCCCAGGUCACCGGCAUGGUGGCGUGCAGGCUGUCGCGGGCGGCCGUGGAGCAGCUGCUGGCCGACAAGGCGGACGAGCUGGCGGGCAUCACCGUCUCGUGCUUCAACAGCCCGUCCGACUCGGUCCUGGCCGGCCCCGUGGACUCGCUGGCGAGGCUUGCCCGGCACUGCAAGGACAACGGGAUCCGGCACAAGCGCCUCGACGUCCCCUACGGUUUCCACUCGCCCGCCUUGGAACCCAUCUUGAGCGACCACGGCCGGGCCGCCCGCGCCGUCCCCUUCCGCCCGCCCUCCCUGCGCGCCGGGUCCAGCUUGCGUGGCAGGCUGUUCGGGCAGUCCGAGACGGUCGACGGCGACUACUUUGUCCAGCAUGCUCGCGAGCCCGUCAACUUCUCCGGUGUGGUCGAGGACGCCCUGCCGGAGCUGGCUGGCUCCCAUCCCACUUUUAUCGAGAUUGGUCCUUCUCCUUCGACCGAGUCCAUGUUGAAGCAAAUCAUCAACACAUCCCUGUCCUACACCUUCUUGGGGUCGCUGACUCCGACCCGCGCCGCCUGGGACUCUCUGAGCUCGGCUUUGCGAGAGCUCUACCUGCGCAGAUACGACAUCAAGUGGCGGCGAGUCUACGACGGCUCGCAGGCAAAGUUCGUCAGGGGUUUCCCGGGGCACCCGCUCAACUUGGCGACGUACUACGUCCCCUACAAACCACCGUCCCGCCAGGACAAGCUUCUUCCGGGGUUUUUUUCGGGGCCGCAGCAGCCCCCGCCGAGGCCCAAGUACGCCUUCCUGACCGACGUCUCGCCGGCUGUCGAGGACGGCAGCGCGACAAGGUACGCGUCGACGGCCAUGGAGCCGAUCAAGAAGUUCGUCGACGCCCACCAGGUCGGCGACGUGCCCUUGUUCCCGGCCUCGGUGUACGUCGAGGUGGUGGCGCAGGCGCUGGCCUACCACGCUUCCCUCGACAUCGCGUCCAACGUGUUCAUGUUCGAGAACGUCAAGUUCGAACACCCCUUGGUCUGCGGAGACGACGCCGCCGGCGGCUCGUCGCGCCAAGUGAUAAAGACGGCGCUCAACAUGCAGCCCGUCGAGGGCCAGAGCUACGUGUGCUCGUCCGGGUCGGGGGACACGCUCUGCGCGGGAGGCGUCCGCAGUCUCGAGGUCGGCUCGCAGGCCGUCGUCGACAUCCUGGCCCGGAGGCGCGGGCGGGUAGAUCGGCUCAGGAGGUCCGUCGACGGCGCGCCCCGGAGCCUGGCCGAGUCCUUCUCGGACCGGACCAUCUACCACGUCAUCUUCCCGCGCGUGGUCCGGUACGACAAGCCGCUCAUGACGCUGCGCCAGCUGACGACCGUCGCGGCCGGCUCCGAGGGCCACGGGUACUUCACGCUGCCGCUGCCCCCCAACCCCGGCCGGUACGUGAGCUCGCCGGCCCUGGUAGACACGCUGCUGCACGCCCCCGGUUUCAUGGCCAACACGCUCGUGGACGCCGACUCGGCCUGCAUCUGCGUGGCGCUGGAGCAGGCCCUGGUGCCCAGCGACAGCCCCUCGCUGCACCGGCAGGAGCUGCAGGUCUACUGCUCGCUGGUCGACAUUGAGCACUCUCUUAUCGCCGACGCCUACGUGCUCGACGCCGAGGGCAGCAUCGUCGGAUACGUCGAGGGCAUGUGCUUCAAGAAGCUGAAGCUCAAGCCCUUCAAGGCCCACCUCUCGCGUCAGCUCGCCCGCCGCCGCCCGGCUGCCGCUGCUCCUGCUCCUGCUCCAGCUCCUGUCCCUGCCGGGCCGAGUAGUGGCAGCGUGGGGGGCGGGGGCAGGGGCAGACCCGUGGCGGGAGACUACACCACGGCGACGACCAAGACGACGGCGACGGCGACGGAGAUAUCGAGCACCGUGUGCUCCAUCGUCCGCGGCCUGUGCGGCGUGGACUACGAGCCGACCGAGGCGACCACGCUGGCCGAGCUCGGCCUAGACAGCCUCCUGUCCGUCGAGCUCUCCCACACGCUGGCCAAGACGCUACGGUGCACCGUCUCUCCGGACCAGCUCCAGGAAUGCUCCGACCUGGCCCAGGUCGUCCAGUUGGUCGCCAAGAACAGCCCCCUCCAGCACCAGCUCCAGCUCCAGCAACACGAGCAGCAGCAGCAGCAGCAGCCGACCGCGCCCCCCACGACUGCCGCGCCCUCGGUCCUCCAGUUCACGCCCGCGACUUCGUCCCUCGAUAGCAGCGCCUCCUCGUCGUUUCAGCCGGACCAGCCGGCGACCCCGAACACCGAGUACAACAACAUCGCCACCAGCAGCACCACCAUCAGCACCACCACCACCAACAGCAACAACAUCAACAGCAAUAACAACAAGCCGACGACAGGCAACGCCGGGUCCGCCGCCGCCGCCACCUCCCUGCCCGAGUUCCAGUCCCUCUUCCUGGCCGUGUGCGGAGUGCUGCCCGAGGACGAGGACGACGAGCGGAGCGUGCCGCUGUCGGCGCUCGGGGUGGACUCGCUGCUGUCGAUCGAGCUCUGCCAGGCGCUGCGGGACAAGCUCGGCGUCACCGUCGAGGACCACGACGCCGUCGGCGACCUGACCUACCGCCAGCUGCACGACAUGUGCGCCUGCGCCGCCGCGACCAAGCUCUCUCCCGGCCCCGCCUCGCCGUCUCCCGAGGCUGCCGCACCAUCACCUCCUCCUACUCCCCAAACGGCGCCGGGCAUCCGGCAGCUCCAGAAACGCGGCGACGGGAGCGGUAGAAGUGGUAGCGGUAGCGGGAGCGGCGGCCCCCUGUACCUCUUCCACGACGGCAGCGGCACCUGCGGCAUGUACGCCCGCGUCGGCCCCCUCGGCCGCGACGUCUACGGCGUCCCCAGCCUGCGCUCCGACGCCCAGACGCUCGAGGCCCUCGCGGCCGAUUACAUCCGCCAGGCCAACCUCGGUGCACCCCAGGGAGGGCCUCUGAUCCUAGCUGGCUGGUCCUUCGGAGGCGUCCUGGCCUUCGAGAUCGCGAGGCAGCUGGGGGGAGCCGUCGUAAAGGGCGUCGUGCUGAUCGACUCGCCCGCCCCCGUCGACCACCAGCCCCUCCCCGCCGAGGUGAUCCAUCAGGUCGUGUCCGGCCGGAGGUCGGCGUCGGCGUCGGCGCUGGCCUCGGCGUCGGCGCGGGAGAUGCAGGAGGCGGUCGAGGCCAACUUCAAGCGGUUCGCCGCCAUGCUGGGGGACUACAGCCGCCGCCACCACCACCACCACCACCACCGCCAAUCGCCAUCGGCAGGCCGGUCGUCGUCGUCGUCGUCGUCGUCGUCCCCGCCGCCGUGCGUCAUGGUGCGGUGCGUCAAGACCAUGGACCGCUCCGCCCUGGGCGGCGCCCACUACCCCUGGCUCGGCGACCCGGCCGAGGCGGACCGGUCCAUCCGCACCUGGGAGCGCCUCCUGGGCCGCCAGCUGCCCGUCUUGGAACUGCACUGCGACCACUUUAGUCCGUUUGAGCCCGAGAACGUUGGGGAGCUCACGCAGCACUUGAGAACGGCUUGUGAGAUGUUGGAGGACUAUUAG